CCUCAGUUCAAAAUCAUGUUCCGACCCAACAACACCUAAAUUUUUAAGGCUAGUGUAAUUUUUAUUUGGUUUUAAUGUUCUAGUUCAUAAAUUUAUUAAAAAACGUUUGUUUAUUUGGACCCGAAUCGGUUUUAAGAAGGAUAUUCCAUAUUCCACACUAAGGAAAAAUGUCAAAGGAUAAGAACGGCCCAAAGUCGGCGGGGCAGCCACCGGUGUAUGCCGGAUGCCAGCGCCUGGAGGAAGUCACAAUCUACGACUGGAUGCGAAACAAAAACUGCAAGACCACAAACUACCAGCCCGCGGAGGCAUAUCCCAACAUCCGUCCACCUAUUUCGAGGUGCACCCAGCAGAAAACCCUGGAGUGGAUGUCGGACAGCAUGGAGGCCGCUGGUUGUGGGCCGCUCAUCGACACGGAGAGGGACGAUGUGUUGGAAGCUUGGACACGCAGUCCCAACAAGGAAAGCCUCGGCUGGUACGGCAUCGGCGCUGAAAUGCGGCAUCCCGAGGCGCUGCUCUUCAACCAGGCCCUGACCAAGAGCCUUCUGGCUGCCAGCGGCGUGAAACCAAAGCCCCCGAUGCCGCAGCCCGCGCCCGAAAAGAAACCGAUGGAGCUGCCGAGUGGCUCCUAUGUGCUGAAUCGAGAGUGCCUCCACUCGCAUCUGGAGAGGAUGCCCACCGUCAGGCGGAAGCUGUCGCCCAGUUACGCCUUCACAUGGCUGCAUUGUCCGCCCCGGGAUCCCCAGAGCCCGCCUUUCGAAGACGAACGCGGGCCCCCGAUUCCCUUGUCCAGCGCCUUGGGGAUGAAGCGGACCCCGAAGAAGCAGAAGCACCGCCUGCGUCAUCGGGUGUGUCAUUUAUCCUGCGAUCGGCCGCAGAACAAGUGCACGGACUACGAGUGGAAGAUGUACAAGGAGGACCCACGCGCGAUCGACGAGGCCUUCAAGCGGGAGCAAGAGGCGGCGCAGCCAUCGGUCGAGGAGGAGCCCAAGGACUACGACGAGCUGUACGGGCGGUUGCUCUGCUGCUUUGAGCAGAAUCCCGAGCAGAACGAAAUGUGCCAAGGGUUCGAGAAGUGCUGCAAGGCUCCGGGUGAUCCCCCGACCCAAGGAUGCGGCGAAAUGGUGCCCGACGGAGCCGACGGCGGAGCCGGGGGUAAGUCUGAUGGAGAUGGCCGAGGCGGUAAAAAUGGCGAUGGCAAGGAUGGCGAUGGCAAGGAUGGUGAUGGCAAGGAUGGUGAUGGCAAGGAUGGUGAUGGUUAUGGAGAUGGACAUGCAGAUGGAGAUGGAGAGGGUGGCGAAAGGAAGAGCAGACGAGGGGAUGGGAAGAGGGGAGGUCGAGGCGACGGAAAGUACGGUGACGGGAAGGGUGGAGACGGAGAUGGAAAGGGUGGCGGGGACGGUGACGGAGACGGAGGAAAGGUCGGCCCAGGCGGAAAAGGCGGCCCAGGCGGAAAAGGCGGCCCAGGUGGAAAAGGCGGAAAGGGGGGCAAGGAUGGUGAUGGAAAGGACGGCGAUGGCAAAGGUGGAAAGGGAGGUGACGGCAAGGACGGAAAGGGCAAGGGAGACAAAGACUCCGAUCGGAAAGGCCAUGACGGGAAGGACAAGGACCAUGACAAGGACAAGGAAACGGGACACGGUUUGAAGGGCGACGGCAGUGAUGGCAAGCUGAAUGAUGGCCAUGGCACCGGCUACAAGCACAAAAAAGGUGACUUUAGUGACAGCGACAGCGACGACGAAGCCGAGAGACUAAGAAAAGGCCGCCGUACCCCGGGGAUUGGAUCGACGACCGGCUCACGCAGAGACCUUCACGGCGAUGGAACGGACGGAGGUGGCCAUGUCGGUGAUGGAACGGAUGGCAAAGACGGCCGCGGUCAUGGGGAUGGCACUGGCGAUGGAACCGAUGGCAAGGAUAAGGAUAAGGGCGAUGGCAAGGGAAAGAAAGACAUGGGCAAGGGCAAGAAAGACAAGGCAAGGAUAGGCGAUGGCGAUGGCGAUGGCAAGGACGGCAACAAGGACUGCCCCUGCGAGCUGUGCAACUACUGCCAAAAGGAGGAGGACACCCCCCUCAUCCGCGAGAUGCGAAUUCGCGAGAAGAAGCGCCAGCAGUGGGAAUACCUCCAGCAGAUGCGCCACCGCCAGUAUCUCGAGUGCCGCGAUGCCGAGUACCGUGCCCCGCAGCACAAGUGCGACCCGAUUGUCUACUACGAUCGCUUCUGCCGCAACCCCCAUCUGCAGGACCACAUGUCGACGAUCGAUGCCCUGCAACAGCUGCAGAAGCAGCUUCUGCGGUGCAACCGCCGGAAUCGCGGGUCAUCUUCGCGAAUCUACAAAUCUCUGGAGAAGCUGAAGACGAAACUGUGCACCGCCUUUGAGAUGCCACAGAGAUGUUAAGAAAAGGAUCUAUUCGCCGAGAUCUCUCUGUAUAUCCCCCCAAGAUCUGUGUGCGUUCGAUUCAUUCUGGGGGCCCCUGUCUGUUUCAAUAUCUGUAUAAGCUGGAUAUGGAGGUAGGAGAUCUGUAUAAGCCCGUAUGCAAUAUGUUCCUGUUCUGCAAUGGACCGCAAAGGACAAGGCAGAUAUCAAUGGAUUGUAUCAUUUUAUACUCUUCCUCAUUCUUCCAUUCUUGUAAUCAUCCAGCCAUCUGUUUAUUUGUAACAACCAUGGAAUAUCCAUAAAGAUGAGAUCUUUUUAA